CUCAACAAUUCCUAAAACGAUAGAUGGACUUACUACCACCACUAGAAAUUGAUGGCGAGGAAGUGGAAGGAAAAGAACUGAAGAGUGUUGGUAAUAAAUCUUUAUCAUCCUUAACAAUUGUUGAUGGUUGCAAUGAUGAUCCAUUCUUGAAUGUCGACUUUUGUAGUUUCAAAUUACAGUGUUUAUUAGGGAGAGGAAGCUAUAGCGAUGUAUGGAAGGCGGAGUGCAAAGAAGUAACAGUAGCUUUAAAAGUUAUCAAUUCAACUGAUGAUGUUCUCCGAGGAAUCUUUUAUCACGAGGUGGAAGUAAUGCGAAAUUUGGUUCAUCCAAACGUGGUUGAAAUAAUGGGUGCAUGUGUUUGUCCGGUAUAUGCUAUAGCAAUGGAAUAUAUGACAUGUGGUUCUCUUGAUCAAUUACUUCAUGAGUCAAAAAAUAUAAGUUAUAAGGCAGAUCACGCAUUUCGUUGGGCAUCACAAUGUGUUGAUGCACUGGCUUACAUACAUCGAAAAGGAUUUGCACAUGGUGAUCUGAAAACUGCCAACUUAUUGCUUGAUGAUAACUGUCAUUGGCUUAAAGUAGCUGAUUUUGGUACAAUGGUAUAUAUGAACAGUGAUACAGAGUACAGACAAGGGUCAGCACCAUGGAUGGCUCCUGAGAUCAUUACUGGUUCAUCACCUUCAGAGCAGUCAGAUAUUUAUAGUUUUGGAAUCGUCCUUUGGGAAAUAAUUACACGAAUGCGGCCGUAUAGUGAUUGUAAAAAUGCCGAAGAAAUAUUGUGGAGCGUUUACGCGGGUUUGAGACCGCCGCGUAUUGGAAAUAUCCCAACUAAACUUAUGCAAAUGAUUGAACGCUGUUGGCAGAAAUUGCCAGAAGAAAGGCCAUCCAUCAAGGAAAUUCAAAAAGUACUAAAAAUACUUUGCAAGAUGUAUCCCAAUUUCAGUGAACCGUUGGUGUAUUUUGAAACUAAUUCAAAGCAAACGGAAGAGGCUACUGAGAAUGGAGUUGGUAGUGUGGAAUGUAGCAUAAUCGAAAGGGAAACAGUUACGAAAACUGAUCUCGAAUUAUCACCCAAUUCGGUGGAGGAGAUUGAAAUACUGAGCAAAAAGUAUGGUCUGUCAUACUGUUACGAUAAACUAGAUAAAUGA